AUCCCUUUUCACACCCAACAACAGUCACUCCCCCCGCCAUACGCCCCCCAAUUCAACACUCAAAUGUGGUCUCUCUGGUGCCCUAAAGUCACCUCACCUUCCACCGCCGCCGUCAAGAUGGAAGAGGAAUCAGCCACUGCAGCAACCGCCGCCGCCUCGAUUGCCAGCAGUACCGGCAGUUCGAGAUGCAGUUGCUGCUGUCUGGUGACAAAACUAGUGAGAAAACUGAAGAGGCGCCGACAUAGCAAACGGCUGCGAUCUGCGAGCCGGCAAGGUUCGUUCCAAUGCCGAUACGAUCCGCUGAGCUAUUCUUUGAACUUCGACGACGGAAGAGGCGGAUGCGGAAGCUUGUUGGAUGAAGAUUACUACAAGUUCUACGCAUUCUCUUCGAGGUUUGUGGCCAAUCCGCAGAGAUCUUCUUCCUGUCCGAUUAUUCCUGUAGUUGCAGGAGGAUCUCACUAGUUGCAGAAAUUAUAUAUUGGAGAGAAACUAGAACUGAGUGUAUAAAGGAAAAAGUGAAGGUGAUAUAUCGAUAGGUUAUCCAAUUUCCGUUAGAUCUUAAGUUUCUUCCGUCCUUUUAAUUAUUUUCCCGGUUUUUUUUUUUUUUUUACCAUUCUGAUUGGGUUCAUAUCUUCAUGUGUCUUCAUCAAUGGUAAAGCUGGGUUUAUGAUAC